CACAGUGCUGACAACAGGAGCCAUGAAGGCGGCUGUGAUUUUUUUGGCUGUGGCUCUCAUUAUCAAUGUUGACUGCAAUCUGAAACAGUUCAUUCCAACUGGACUCUGGCUGACAUGGGCACAAUCAGAAGAGACAUGCAGACAAAGAUACAUGGAACUGCCCUCCAUGGAAACUGAAGUGGAAAACUCAAACUUUUGGUCCAAUGGCCGGUUUUAUGGAUGGUGCUGGAUUGGUCUCCGAUACAACAGUAGUAAUAUCAAUAAGACCUGGGAAUGGGUUAAUGGAAACCCUACUACAUACAGCCUCUGGGCUGAACCUCCUACUGGUGUUGGAUGUGGAGCAUUUUAUUAUUACUCUAAAGCUUGGUAUAUACGUGAUUGCAAAUUAACAUUGCAGACUGUUUGUCAAGCCCCGUACCCAGUAACAGAUUUAACUACAGACUCUGUGGAAAACAACACAGUUUCUCUAAGCUGGAGCAGUCCUUCCCAGCUGUAUGACGUCCCACACUUCUUUAUCAUAACCUACUCCAACUCCAAUUCUGACGAUGAAGGCUCAACCAAUACAACCUCCAAUUCCACUGUCUUCUCUAACCUGAGACCAGGAAGACAGUACAACUUCAAAGUCUGUACCACAGAAAACAGCACGUUCCUCCGGAGCCAGCCUACCUCAAUUUCAGCCUACAUAAUCCCGUCCCCACCUGGAGAGAUAAGCAUAGACUCUGUGGGAACAGUCUCGGUUUCCCUGAGCUGGGGCAACCCUGCCGAUAUGGAGGGUGUCCAGUACAGCUUUAUCAUAAGCUGUUAUGGGUCUUUUUGGGGUGACCAACAUCCCAUCACUACGACCUCCAAUUCCACUGUUAUCACGAACCUGAGACCAGGGUGCAAGUACACCCUCAGUGUCAGCACUGCACAAUCCAAUAGGCAGAAAAGCCUGUCUGUGUCGACAUCUUUCUACACAAACCCAGUCCCUCCAGGUCAGAUCAAGAUAGUCUCUGUGGGAAACAACUCUGUUUCUCUGAGCUGGGGCCGUCCUGUCUCUAUGCAGUUCUCAUACAGCUAUAACAUAACCUACUCCUGCUCUUUUUGGGACCAACAAGACUCCAGCAAUGCUACCUCUGAAUCCACUGUCAUCUCUAACUUGAGACCAGGAAGCGAGUAUGUCUUCAAUGUCACCAUUGUGCAGGUGAAUGGGGUCCGGAGCUCACCCACCUCAAUAUCUCUCUACACAAGUCCAUCCCCACCAGAAGGGAUCAGGGUAGACUUUGUGGAAACUAACAAUGUUUCUCUGAGCUGGAGCAAGCCUGUCGAUAUGGAUGAGAUUAAACACAGCUUUGCCAUAACCUACUCCUGCUCCUUAUGGUUUUGCAAAUACUCUACUACAGCGGCCUCCAAUUCUGCCGUCCUGUCUUACCUGAAACCUGGAAUCAAGUACAUCUUCACUGUUAUCACUGUGCAGUAUAAUGGGGCCGAGAGCACGCCUGUUUCCAUAUCACAGUACACAAACCCAACUCCACCAGGAGAGAUCAGUGUAGACUUUGUGGGAAACGACUCUAUUUCUCUGAGCUGGGGCAAGCCUGUUGGUAUUGAUGGGAUCAAGUACAGCUUCAACAUCACUUAUUCAUGCUCCUUUUGGAACCUCCGAAACUCAACUACUGCCUCUUCUGUUUCUAUUGUCAUCUCUAACCUGAGACCUGGAAGCGAGUACGUCUUCAAUGUCACAACUGUGCAGGACAGUGCGGGCCAAAGCACACCUGCUUCAACAACUCUGUAUACACUUCCACCCCCACCUGGAAAGAUACUGAUUGACUCUGUGGAAAGCAACUCUGUUUCUCUGAGCUGGGGCAGUCCUUUUGUUAUUGAUGGGAUCCCACACAGCUUCAUCAUCACCUACUCCUGCUCCUUCCGGGGUCACAGCGGUUCCACCAGCGCACCCUCCAACUCCACUGUCAUCUCUAACCUGAGACUGGGUUGCAAGUACAUCUUCAGUAUCACCACGGUGAACAAAGGAGGCCAGAGCACACCUGCUGUAACAUCUGUCUACAUCAAGCUGGCCCUACAUGGAGAGAUCAAGAUAGACUCUGUAGGUAACGACUCUGUUUCUCUGAGCUGGGGCAGUCCUGCCGGUAUGGAUGGGGUCAAAUACAGCUUCAACAUCACUUAUUCCUGCUCCUUCUGGGGUCACAACGGCUCCACCAGUGCAACCUCCAACUCCACUGUCAUCUCUAAACUGAGACCUGGAAGCAAGUAUGUCUUCAAUGUCACCAUCGUGCAGGCCGAUGGGGUCUUCAGCACACCUGCUUCAAUAUCCCUCUACACCAACCCGGCCCCACCUGGAGAGAUAGUGUUAGACUCUGUGGAAACCAAGUUGGUUUCCCUGAGCUGGGCCACUCCUAUAGGUAUGGAUGACAUUCCACACAGCUUUAUCAUCACAUACUUCAGCUUCUAUUGGGAUCACCACGGCUCCUCCACAGCACCCUCCAAUUCCACCACCAUCUCUAACCUGAGAGCGGGUAGCGAGUAUGUCUUCAAUAUCACCACCGUGCAGGACAACGGGGGCCACAGCACACCUGCUUCAAUAUCCAUCUUCACAAAACCCAAUGAGAAGCGCUUGUACCUGAAAUUCGUCUGCAGUUCUACAGAACGGUUUGCAUGUGAAAAAGAGAAGAAGAAGGUUCAACAGGAGACAGAAGCCAGGCUGGCGAAGCAGCUGAAGGGAUUGUACUGGAAACUGAACUGGAAAGAGAAGGAGGUGAAAGGGUGCAUUGAUGAACCAGAGGAAGACGUUUAAAUACUGUUACUCCAAUAUUACAUUUUAAUAACUGCCAUUAUUAUUUUGAGCCUGUGGAACCCUAAAUGCUUUUGAGUAUUUAGUAAUUUAAACGUUUCCUUUAACUUAGUUCCAUGUUAGUUUUUUUGUGAUUAUAAAUUGAAUGGAUAUAAGACCAGACUGGAGGCUUUGAUAAGAGGUGAUCCGGUAAACACUAGUAGAGAUUGUAGAAAUCUGUGCUUUACUCUGACUGAUAGGGAGCUGAUUAGGAAAGUCUCUGGGCUGUAGUCAUCAAUGAUUUUACCUAAGAGCACCCAGGCAUGAUGCUGGAGGUGAGUACAUGAUAGUAAAUAUAUUGCUAUUAUUAAUAAUAUACAUUUAUAUCCUUUGCAAUGCUCGCUAUCUGUAGACAAUUGCCCUUUUCUUUUGUAAGUUCCUUUGAGCUAAGAGUCUUCUGCUUGGGAUACCCACCUGAUGCCACGGUCAAUGAUCUUGCAGGUAAUGACCACAGUGUUGGACAUUCAUGCUUAAGCUGAUCGUUUUUCUCUAGUUGAUUUGGAGCUGAUAAGGAAAGGCUGGAGGCUCUACUCUUAAACGAAUGAACUCAAGAGUGCAGGAUGAUUGUAAGAUUGUUUCUUCUCAUUGUUAUCAUUAUAAUGUGAUCAUAUUUGAAUAGCUGCAUUAAAAAAUUAAACCAAUAUAUUGUAUUG